AUGAAGAAGAGGACCAAUGCUGGUGACCUGGUAGAUGAGGCAGAGAGAUGGGAGAGAUGGGAAUUGGGGCAGAAGACAGAACCUGACGACGCUGGAGUUACUGAAGCCACAGCCAGAAUUAGCUCUCAAGCCACAGAAUACUCAAACCAAAAGCCACAGAACAUCAAGCCACAGGAUAGUUAA